CUGUCUGUUUACGUCCCAUCUGAGGAGUCGUUGCUGCUGCUGCUGCUUCAUCUGGUGGUGGACCUGUGACCUGCUGCUGUUUAGUUGUUGUGUAAAGAUAUUGUAAUAUGAGUUUACUCUGAAACUGUAGCGGUUACCGUCCCCGCAGAGGCCGAAGAUGGUGUGAGUUGGCUGGCGCCAUGACGGAUUAGGUUGAUGUUAGUUAGGCUAACCGGCAGCAUUCAAGUGCUUGAGGACUUUGGUGCUAGGAACGUUAGCUAGCAAAGCAACUCAGCUUAGGCGCUUUGAAUCUGCCUUACUGCCCCGACAGGUAUUAUGCUGAUUCUUGCCAAGUUGUUGUGUGUGUGUCGCUUCUCGUGUCGUCUUCCCGGGCCCUGCAGCCCGCUUCCUAUGGCUGUGCUUUGAGUUUGUUGUCCUGCGUUGGCGUUAGCCGUCAGCUGUCGUUGGCUGCUGCUGCCUGUUAGCUCAUGUGUAGCUAUAGUUAUUGCCUCCCAGUGGUGGAAAAAGUGUUCAGGUCUUUUAACGAUUCCUGCGGUAGUUUGAGAUCCUUGACGGAUUGCCGAGGCAGCAUGGCUCCCAAAGACAUCAUGACCAAUUCCCAUGCCAAAUCCAUCCUCAAUGCAAUGAACUCACUGCGCAAGAGCAACACGCUCUGUGACAUCACUCUGAGGGUGGACAGCACGGACUUUCCUGCUCACCGGAUUGUCUUGGCCGCCUGCAGCGACUAUUUCUGUGCCAUGUUCACCAGCGAGCUUGCAGAAAAGGGGAAAUCUUUUGUGGACAUUCAGGGCCUCACUGCAUCAACUAUGGAGAUCCUGUUGGACUUUGUGUACACGGAGACGGUGCUCGUCACGGUGGAAAAUGUGCAAGAGUUACUCCCCGCAGCAUGUCUGCUGCAGCUUAAAGGGGUGAAAAGGGCAUGCUGCGAUUUUCUAGAGGGACAGCUCGAUCCGUCCAACUGCCUGGGGAUUCGUGACUUUGCCGACACUCACAACUGCCUUGACCUGAUGCAGGCCGCCGAGCUCUUUUCCCAGAAGCAUUUCUCCGAGGUGGUUCAGCACGAGGAGUUCAUGCUCCUGAGCCAGACAGAAGUUGAAAAGCUCAUAAAGUGUGACGAAAUCCAGGUGGACUCAGAGGAGCCGGUGUUUGAGGCCGUGUUGAACUGGGUCAAGCACAACAGGAAAGAGCGAGAGCCCUACCUCCCAGACAUGCUGGAGUUUGUCCGCAUGCCGCUCCUCACCCCCCGCUACAUUACAGAUGUCAUUGAUGCCGAGCCUCUCAUUCGGUGUAGCCUGCCUUGUCGAGACCUCGUUGACGAGGCCAAAAAAUUCCACUUAAGACCGGAGCUGAGGAGUGAGAUGCAGGGUCCUCGCACACAAGCCAGAUUAGGUGCCAAAGAAGUCCUGCUGGUUAUUGGCGGCUUCGGCAGCCAGCAGUCGCCAAUAGAUGUAGUAGAGAAAUACGACCCCAAAACCCAGGAAUGGAGCUUUCUGCCAAAUAUCGCCCGUAAAAGGCGCUACGUCGCCACCGUCUCGCUACACGAUCGAGUUUACGUGAUCGGAGGCUACGACGGCCGGUCAAGGCUCAGCUCGGUGGAGUGUCUGGACUACACGGCGGACGAAGAUGGCGUUUGGUACACCGUCGCCACCAUGAAUGUACGCCGCGGCCUCGCCGGAGCCACCACCCUGGGAGAUAUGAUCUACGUCGCCGGUGGCUUCGACGGCAGCCGACGGCACACCAGCAUGGAGCGAUACGAUCCCAACAUUGACCAGUGGAGCAUGCUGGGAGAUAUGCAGACAGCUAGAGAGGGCGCUGGUCUGGUGGUGGCCAGUGGGUUGAUAUACUGCCUAGGUGGGUAUGAUGGCCUAAAUAUCCUAAACUCAGUGGAAAGAUAUGACCCUCACACAGGUCACUGGACCAGCGUGACGCCCAUGGCCACGAAGCGCUCAGGGGCUGGUGUGGCGCUACUCAACGACCACAUUUAUGUAGUCGGAGGGUUCGAUGGCGUUUCACACCUCGACUCGGUGGAGGUUUACAACAUCAGGACAGACUACUGGACCACUGUGGCCAGCAUGACGACUCCACGGUGCUACGUAGGAGCGACCGUCCUCAGAGGACGACUCUACGCCAUCGCCGGAUACGAUGGAAACUCCCUCCUCAGCAGCAUCGAAUGCUACGACCCGGUCAUCGACUCCUGGGAGGUCGUGACCUCCAUGGCGACCCAGCGGUGCGACGCAGGAGUCUGCGUUCUGCGAGAAAAGUGACUCUCGGUCCAGAACAAGGAGGACGGACGCAGCAGGACAGGCAGCUAGACUUUCUUUUCGAAAAAUGUCGCCACAAACAGAAUCACAAAGGAAGGAUGGUAUUUUGCCAGAAUAUGCAAGCAGGUUCUUUGAGCUGGAGGGUUCCUCGCCAGUCGGACUGCGCUACAGAGGUGGCGCCUCGCUGUGGUAGACUUCACUUCCAAGGAGCCCAUCACCACUUGCAUGACUCUACGCCCGGUGUCUGUUGUCACACGUGAGAUUAUAUUUUCACAACAUUUUUAAAGUGCAAUAUAUUUUUUAUCCAUCAGAAGAGAACGAUGGAGCAGAUUAAGACUACCUGCUGCUAUAUGCCUUAUGACUUUCACCCGCAUCAAACAUGUUGCCUCCCAUCUGACUGGUGUUAUUACAUUGUCUUAUUAUGGAGUGAACUGAUUCAGCUCAUCAGUGCACAAUAAUGUUGGAUGAAAAUCACUUUAACACAGAAGGUUUAUUUCUUUUCAUUCAAAUUAUAUUUUGAGAUGAACAUUGUUUCAGAAAAUAAUUGAACUGUGCUACUUGAUUUGUAUUUUCCCUCCACGUCAUCGAAGCUGACAGAUCAAGGUCUUACAUUUCAGAUGCAUGUAAUUUGUUCUGUUCUUUUUAUUUUAUUAUUAUCAUUAUUAUUAUUUUCCCUCCCUGAGAAAAAACAGAUUUAGACAAACGUGUCGGGAUACAAAGCCUGAGUGUCACUGUUGUCUGGAAAGCUAAAUAAAACAUCUCCGAAAGUGGAGGCUUGAGAGACAAA